UCUCGGUGAGUAUGCGACGUCAUGCAAGUCUUGAUAAAUACCUCUUCGUUUCCCCCGAGCUUUCCUUUGGCGCUGACGUUGGACAACGGACCUUUGUUCUCCCCGGUCGUUCCGCAUCCGUCUCUUGCUCUACCCUUUUAAGCCUCUUCUUCGAGUCUAUCUCCCCAGAUAUCUCUCUCGAUUCUUCCAGUACCUACAGUAGAUCAGAGAGUUGACGCCACCCAAAAUGAGAGUCAAGACUAGCACCGCCCUCACCGGCAUUCUCGCCGCCGCCGCCGCCACGGCGCAAAACGCAACGAGCACCUGCGCGACCGGCGUGUACAUUAUCGUAGCCCGCGGCAGCAACGAAGCUCCCGGGUCCGGCAGAAUCGGCAGCGUCGCCAAUGGAACUUUCGCAGCCAUUCCCGGGUCCCAGAUCGCGCCGCUCGACUACCCGGCGACGUUUGACAAUUAUUCGACGUCCGUCGCCGCCGGCGCCGUUGCCUUGAAUGCCGCGUUGACCUCCUAUAACGCGCGAUGCCCGAACUCCAAGGUUGCGCUGUUGGGAUACUCUCAGGGUGCGCAAGUGACAGGUGAUACUCUGUGCGGCAGCGUCGACGAGGACGAGGGCGAGGCUCUCAACAUUGAGUUCAAUCAGACGGCGCCCGUUCCCGCAUCCGUCGUCGACCAAAGUGUCAUCGCCGUGAUUCUCUUCGGGGACCCAACCCACAACGUCAGCGCAAGCUGGAACAAGGGCACGAGCAAGCGCAACGGACUCUUCCCCCGUGAGAACGUGACCAAAUGCGAGGCAUACGCGUCCAAGAUUGAGUCCUACUGCGACACGGGAGAUAUCUACUGCGAUCUCGGUAACAACACCGCCGUUCACGGUUCUUACUUUGCCAACUACACCGACGAUGCCGUUGAGUUCAUCUGGGCGCAGUACAACGCUUCCAAGUCAACCAACGGUUCGUCGCCGACUGCCACCCCCACUACAGUUCCGGGAUCCGGAGCUGCCGACUCAGCCCCGGGCCUGCUAAUGUCCCUGGCUGGUCUGUCUAUGCUGGCGGCUUUCAUCUUGUAAGAGAAUAAGUUUGUAUCAUUGGGAAAGCAUGCUGGAGAAAUUUCAUGGGGCAUGGUGGCAAUCCACCGGCUUUGUAAUCAUUCAAUAAUGACCGCUAUGAUCUGAAGACACCUUCUCGAGCUUCCCGGGACUUUCAUCCCACCGGCAUUUACAACUUUCCCAACACUCCACCCCCGAGAAUGAACUCCAUUAUUCACUCGGUCCGUAAGUGCCGGACCGACGGCGCUGUAAGGUUCAGAAUCCAGUCGUCCUCGUUACUUUGAACAGCCAUACUACAAAAUGAGCCGCCAUUCAGUGCUCUGUGGCUUCAGAGACCAUGCGUGCAACUGUCUAGCAGUAGCUGAUUUCUAUAUCAAGCAUACUCCGCUGCCGAGCCUUAUCUAAACGUCCCGUUUGCGGCGAGCUAGUAA